AUGUCCAUCCUCUUCCCCAGGAUGAUUUGGCUGAUAGCGCUCCUGAUUCUCGGCUUGGUAGCUGCUCCAGCUAGCCCCAACAUCAUAGAGUCAGGACCGGACUCCGGAUUUGUAUUGAGGGAUGAGCCUGGACUCCUGAUAACGGACUGUCGCCUGCACACAGAGAUGGUGUUUGUUAGGCUCAACCCUAAGGAAGUCCUCUGGAAAAAUGUUCCAGUAACGGCUCAGCUGACCAGUUGGGCCGGGACACAUUGGAGCAGGGAAGUCGUGAGUCAUGCAGAGUCUGACAUUACUUACAUGUUAGAGCAGCUUCAGAAAUUCACUGUCACCCACUCAGAGUUAAUUGGCUCCAACAGGAGGUCUAAACGGUUUAUUGGUGGGUUGCUCACUGCAGCCAGGGUCACCCACGCCAAACAGCUCGAAGGAUAG